UGUAUGUCUAUCUGUCUGUCUGUCUGUCUGUCCGUCCGUCCGUCCGUCCAUCUGUCUGUCUGAUAGCUAAUGCGAUAAUAGUAGGGAGCGCGAACGAUUAGUCUCUGCGGCUGUGGCCGCUCGAUCAGCGUCACCAGCAGUUGUAACAUACAUACAUACAUAGAAGCGACAGGCGAGAAAGCAUUCGAAUAGUAUCAGCAACAGACAGUCAGCGUGUCAGCAGAACGCUCAGUCGCACAGAAGGCUCCGUUGGGGUGGCCCCGCGGAACGGCCGCUGUGCCGUAUGUCAUUGCCGAUUUGUGCUGUUGGCAAGCAGCGAGUGGACAGCAGAACAACUUAGACAACAGUAAUGGCAGCCCCGGACGCAUGAGUUAAUACGGCUAGCGGCGGGCGAGUGGCGUGUGUGCGCUACAGAAGAAGCGAGAGUGCCAAGACAACCGAAGUUACACGUAAGGGGGCGGCAGGAAUAGUGGGUGGCAGUCUCCGACGAACUGUUCCUCUGCGACGAGAACAAGUUCCUGUUCCAGCAAGCGAUAAUUAGUUCUGUAGUUGUAACAUAAAACAUAGCGGGAAGUUCGAAAUAAAUUAGUGUUUGGUCAGUCAAUCGUCUACUGGAAACCAAUAGCUGCGGGGUCGACAACAGCAUCUGCUUUUUAGAUGGCUUUCGGUGCCUAUCAGCGAUGGUGAAUUUUAGCAGUGAACUGCAAUAGCAAGAUAGACGUAGCGGGGAAAUGAUGUUUGUGGCGGUGAACUCGGGAAUAGAUUGCAUCGUGAAUGAGUCGUGACGUGCAUCUACCAAGCGAGUACAGAUACUAUUAUACGGUAGUGGACGCUACAGUUACUGGAGGUGCCGGCUGUUGACGAUAGGGCGUUGUUCUGCAUCUGAUAGUAGGGUUUGGUGGAGGUAGCGGGAAGUUCUGGGAUUAGCCUUGGUUCAACCGUGGACACCACUUCAUCUUUCUGUGUCAGCUUGUUGCAUGUCGGUGCUAAAAUCGUUGGCUUGGUUUCAAUCUGUGUUUGUUAUUGGUGGCGGUACCAGCUGAUUCUUGACCACCAUGUGCAAAAACGGCGAUUUCACUAGUCAACGUGACGGUAUUGCGUGUCAACGCCGCAAGUAUGUGCAACGUUUAGCGUCUAUCCAGGCGGGUAUCACAUCAUAUUAGCGGAAGUUUCCUUCCACGGGGAACUCAGCCCACGAAGCCACCAAGUGUAAUGAGCAGACGCCUAAAAGUGUGAAUCGGCGUACGCAGAUAUUCAUUACGUUUAUACGAUUCUGCGUUAGCUGGUGAGUCUGUUGGAUUUGCCACAAGCGAAACUAAGAAAACGCAACUGAGUAAAUAUCCAUUAGCAGAAGAGAAAAUGCUGAUCCUUUUCCCUGGACACAUGCAGCGAGAUGCAAUUGAGGGAAGACCUUUCCCCAUGGCCUCGUCAGCUUGUGUUGUGACCACGGCUCUUCCACCUUCCGGAAUUUUAUCUAUUCAUUGUACUAAAUUUCACGGAACGCGCAACAUCACCGAGGUCAACAUGGACAACUUUUACGAUGACGGUCAUUAUAGUUCCAACAGCUCUGUUCGGGAAAGAGUUCGGUGAUAUGUGGGUAGAGUGUAGACUCUUGCUCACGUCAACAGCACACUGACCAGCACGCAUUAGCUAUACACGAAAACAAAAGAUUAACAAGGCGAACGUGUGAAGAGAAAUAUUAUCAAACCUCAUUUUUCCUAAAUUUACUCACAAAGAAAAAAGAAUCAAUCACCAACAGAUACCCAAAGACCACCUAGCGCAACGGUCGUGCAAUCGCUUGUCGACCCGGAACAACAUUACGUGUAUCGUCUACGUCGUUUGUGUUCAGUGUCCCGCAACAUCGUCCUCGUAAUCAGUGCAAUGGAGACAAAAGACUGCUAAACUUACAUAGGGAAAGCAAGACAAUACAUGCGGCUGACGAUCCUGAAGUGAUUUUAAGAUUUCAUCAAUGAAAGCCAUAUGUACACACACUCACCUCUCAGACCACCUCUUCGCGUUAUAAACACGAGGAAAUUGAUGUAAAUUAUUAAGAAACAAACUUUACCUGCAGAGGAAAUCAAGAAUCUACCAAGUGGCUAGUACUCGUAAUUGCAGCAUAGCGAAGUCUUGCAGGGAGGAAAAGAACGGAUGUACCGAUAAUAAUUUUUAUUAUUAUUAUUAUUAGAUUAACAAAAAUACCAUCGAAUAUCAGCUGUAACUGCAGGCCACAUCGAUAACAGCAACAUCCUAAUCCUCCUAAAUAAAAACGAUCGAUCGGCUUUUUAUUAAGUCGACUUCCGGUAGCAAUUCCAAUGAGUGUGCGUUAGCCUGUAAAUUGAUCUCAUGCAAUUCGGCCGCAGUGGCACUUCUUUUUUUCUCGUUACAAAAGCAAUGUAUGAUCAACGAGAAGCCACUGGAGGGUGCGAGGCCGCAUCGUCCAUAACGUCGUCAUCAUUGGCAACAAUCUCCUCUGCCACAACAACAGCGACCGGAAGUAGUUCAGUCGGAUCAGGGGUAAAUAGUUCGACUCCUACAACGAUUUCUAUACAGCAAACGGUGAAGACGACAGCAACAUCUGGAGCUCUCUCAGCGGGAAUCUUUUUAUCAUCGCCCACACCAUCGACGUCCGUGUUACACGCAUCAAAAUCGUCAGGGGCCUCAUCAGUAUCAGGAUCUCAGGCAGCGCUGGCCUGUGCUGGAUCGAGUGGUGCCAGUGGGAGUUAUCAUAACAGUGGUGGAAAUUGUGCAAAAGAGAGUGCAACAAUCUGCGGUCUUCAGGGCGGCUCGUUGGGCGUAGGUACGGCUAUCGUCGGAUGCUCUGGCAACGCAUUGACAGCCUCAACAGCAGCAGGUGGGGGAGGCGGCAGCAUCGGUGCAGGCGUAUUCGGCGAUCGUUUAGCCAGGCCCCCCGAGCCCGCCCCGAUCGCCCGAAGCGCAUCCGAGUCCGGAAUCAGAAAGAGAAGCCUCACGCUCAGUCUCAAUCUGUCCAACGUAGUACAACUAAAGAAGGAGCUGAAUGUGACCAGCCGUCGCGGCAGUCGCGUCUCUGGCGCGCGCAAAUCCCUCAUCCUCAGCCAGACAUCGCCCACGUUACCGAGAUGUCACUCACCGUUGCCCCUGGGCACUUCGCCGCUCGACUCACCGCGUAACAUGUCCCCGUGUUCGUUUUCGUUCACAGGCUGCGGGGGUCCGGGCGGCGGUCCAACAGGCACCCAGCUUCGCGGCUCCAGUCGCGCCAGUGACGUCCGACGCUGGUCGGUGGCCUCUCUUCCUUCUUCGGGCUAUGGCACAAAUACGCCAGGUAGCUCAAACGUGUCCUCGCAGUGCUCGUCACAGGAGCGACUGCAUCUGAUCGAACACGACUCACCGGGCGCACUUCGACCUCGGUCGCGCUCAUUAAGCCCUCUGCGAUCGCCUCACACGCACGAAUCCGAGGUAAUGAUGACAAAUAGCGUUUACAAGGAGCGCUAUCCCCGUGCCACGCUCCAGAUGGAGGAGCAGCUGGCGCAGCUGAUCUGCGAGAAUCUCGAGCUUCCCAGUCGUGCCGAGGCGAACAGCAAUCCAAACGGAGCGCUGGCCAAUGAUGCUGUGGCACGCUUCGCCCACCAUCAAAUUAUCGAGCUGGCGAAGGACUGUCUGGACAAAAGCCGCAGUAAGCUCAUCACCUCAGAGUACUUUUAUGAGAUGAGCGAGUCGCUAGAAAAGCUCGUGCAGGAUUGCCAGGAGAAAAGUCCGUCAGCGGCGGCCUAUCUACGCCCGCUCGUUCGGCGACUCCUGUUGGCCGUAUCGAGGCCAGCGCGUCUACUCGAAUGUCUUGAAUUUGAUCCACAUGAAUUCUACCAGCUGCUCGAGGCAGCUGAAGGUCAGGCUAAGGAUCUGCAGGGCAUUCGAAAGCACAUCCCGCAAUAUAUCAUCACCAAGCUCGGGUUAAACAAAGACCCGCUGAGUGAUCUCAGUGAACCGCUCAUUAUCGAGGAGGAACCACUACCUCCGUCGCCUCCAAAAGAGGUGAAAGCUCCACCUUGCGAAGACGACUUCGAAACAAUCAAACUCAUAUCCAACGGUGCUUACGGAGCAGUCUAUCUGGUACGGCAUCGAGCUACCCGGCAGCGCUUCGCUAUGAAACGAAUCAAUAAGCACAACCUUCUAUUGCGAAACCAGGUUGAGCAGGUGUUUGCCGAACGGGACAUCAUGUCGUUCACAGAUAAUCCGUUUGUCGUGUCAAUGUUCUGCUCAUUCGAAACCAAGAAACAUCUAUGUCUCGUUAUGGAGUACGUAGAGGGUGGCGACUGCGCUACACUUCUGAAAAACAUGGGCCCUCUGCCAUUGGACAUUGCUCAGUUUUAUUUUGCCGAAACAGUUCUCGCUGUCGAAUAUCUCCACUCGUACGGCAUCGUUCAUCGUGAUAUGAAACCGGACAACCUGCUUAUCACGCACCUCGGCCACAUCAAACUGACUGAUUUUGGCCUGUCGAAGGUAGGACUAAUGAACCUCGCCACGAAUCUGUACGAGGGCCAGUUGACGAUCUCACUAGACAAAGAGACGAAGCAGUUCAACGACAAGCAGGUGUUUGGAACGCCCGAGUACAUUGCACCCGAGGUGAUUCUUCGGCAAGGCUACGGAAAGCCCGUUGAUUGGUGGUCUAUGGGCAUUAUUCUGUAUGAGUUCGUCGUCGGCUGUGUUCCGUUCUUCGGCGACACGCCGGAGGAGUUGUUCUCACACGUCGUCAACGACGAACUAGAGUGGCCUACCGAUGAUGAUUGGCCAUUACCCGAUGAUGUAAAGGAUUUGUGCGGGGCGCUACUAAUGCAAAAUCCCGUCGAACGGCUUGGCACGGUAGGUGGAGCUGCCGAAGUGCGCGAACACCCCUUCUUCCGAGCCGUCGACUGGGACUCGCUGCUACGCCGUAAAGCCGAAUUCAUUCCACAGCUGGAGAACGAAGAGGAUACAUCGUACUUCGAUACGCGACUCGACCGGUACAAUCAUCACGAUUCGGAGGAUACCGACGGCGGCGACUCGGGCGGCGGCAGCGGCAGCGGCGAUCAGUGGGGAUCGCAUGCGUUCUCGUCGUUCUCGUGCUGUUCACCGAGGUACCGCAAGGUGUAUUCACGCAUUGAGAAGGAACUGGAACAGGAACACGCGUUGCUGAAACAACCAGUAUCCGGAUCUCUCGCACCUUCGGCAGUCGGAUCUGGAACGAUUAGUGGGUCCGCGCCGUCAUUCAAGACACCGGUACGGCCCAAAAGUGAGCUCAUUCAGACGUCGACACCGGAGUCUACGGAGUCUGAAGAUGUAUCGCCGCAGAUGCCCCGCCGCCGCCCGCCAAGACUUGCCGUCGAGGACGAGUUGGGAUCGCUGUCGCUUAUCGAAAGAUCAUCCGCAUCUCCACCAGCGAGCGCUGGACUCUGUGGGCUAUCGGCGUCGGGUGCGUCAGCCGUGUCAAGGAUCCGCUCGGCUUCGGCCUCAGCAUCGCUGGGUCCGAUGCCUCAGUCUCAAUCGCAGUUCAGUGGAACGAGCGGCAACAGUCACAACAAUAAUAGUGGGAGCGGUUCUGGAGGAAGUCUGUGUAUUUUAUCGAUUCCCCUCGCCCCGUCAUCGCCCGGUGGUAGUAGUGCUUCAUCGCGAGAUGCGUCACCUUCACGUCCACCGGCCCCAUGUGAUUUGUCGCCAAUCGGGGCGUCGCAGCUUAAACCCCCGAUCAUCAUCCGACGCUCGCCCCGGGGCUUCGGCUUCACCCUGCGGGCCAUUCGUGUGUAUUACGGCGAUAGUGAUGUCUACAAUGUUCAGCACCUCGUAUCGGCGGUCGAGAAUAACAGUCCAGCAUUCGAUGCAGGCUUACGCCCUGGCGAUCUGAUCACGCACAUUAAUGGGGAGCCGGUGCAGGGUCUUUUGCACCCGCAGGUUGUGCAACUUAUUCUCGCUGGUGGAAACCGCAUCACGAUUCGUACAACGCCUCUCGAGGCCACCUCUAUUAAAAGUGGGGGUCGACGAAGAAAUCCCAUGGCGAGCCGAUUGGCUCGAAGGCCACCUCGUCAUCAAAAGGGUCCAGGGGCCGGAAACGCGGCCUCCACACCGCCUUCAUCUAGAGCCGCUGGUCAACAUGGUAUUCCAGGGGUAUCACGUAGCAAUGAUGAACGCAAACGUCGCACCUCGCUCAUUCGGCGCAUCAACUCCCGCAGUCGCGACUUGACUCUGUCAAGGUCUUUUCAGAGCCUGCAGCAGCAACAGCCCCCGCCACCGUCAUCGUCGAUAUCACAGACAUCAUCGUCAUCAUCGGCACAAUUACAAAGUCAAAAUCAGCAGACACCUUCGGUAGUCACACAGUCCGCAACGGCGCUGCUGCAACACUCACAGGAGCCUUUGCAUACUGCACAUAGCCCACACACCCCCGGUCUUUCCCUAUCCCAAACGCAAACCCCGUCGGAUUCAUCACGCUCGACAACGGGCAACUCAUCACCGUCAUCGUCACCCGGAUCAAGCGCACCUAAUUCGCCCGCCGCUCAGACAGGAGCAGCUGCUACCUCGACUGGUGGGAAUAGCAACGGCGGAAGUAGCGGUAGCCCUGGCACGCCGCACUAUACUCAGCGACCAUCAACGCUCUGCGGGCUUAAACACAAACUGGCACAGACGUUCCGUUCGCCGCGGCGCAAGUCCGUUGGCCACAUUCCGUUGUCACCACUGGCACGAACCCCUUCGCCGCUACCCCCAGGCGGAGUCAGUCCUACCCGAUCACCAUCCCCGCUGGCCUACCCUCACGGGCAGGUCCCGCCACCUCACGGUCCCAACCCACAUGGACCCGCUGGAUCGCACGCUUCUCACGGAACGACAGGAGCCGGUCCUAGCCAUCCGGGGAUGCACGGCAGUCCCGCGGCUGCCGGUAGCGCUGCGGCAGGAGGAGUGGUGGCAGUAGGAGGAGCAGUAGCAAGUGUUAAUGUAGGUGGCGGUGUCAUGUCAACACCCCUCCUGCCAAGUUUAUCCGGUUCCGUCGCCGUUAAUCCCCGCCGGCAAGGACUUAUGAGACCCAAAAGUGCGGAGCCUUCGUCUCCCCUGCUGCGGCGCGCGCUUUCACCCGAUCGAGUGCACAAACCGCAUGCGCACACAUUGCACCACGGCCAUCAUGGCCUGUACGGUUCAAUGGGGGACGGCAAGGGUCUAGCCUCACCUCUGGUUCUAUCCUCGACGCCUGGCGCGGGUUCACCCCCGCUUAUUACGAAGUCGUCGGCAAAGACUCAAACGCAGAUCCCCAAGUCUGCAUCGAUCACAGAAUGCCUCGAGGUGCCGCAGCCCACGCGGUUGCGGAGUCAUUCACAGGGAACGACAGAGCAAUUGCAAGUGCCCCUGUUCACAGUGACGCCCUCGACACCCUCGGACAAUGCCCCCAAGGCCCCCCACACGCAGCCGCAAGCCUCGAUUGAAACAGCAGCUAAAGGCAACAACAACAAUAAGAAUAGUUUCAACAAUAGUAUUACUUCUAGUUCAGCUGUUGCAUGUUGCCCAAGUUCUGCCGGCAACAAAAAUACUUCCCCGACGACAGCGCUCAUAACAAACCCACCGGCUGCCCAAUCUUUCCAACAACAUCCAAUAGGACCAACACUAAGCGUUACCUUAGUCGGUCAACAAGAAGCCGUGGGGUCCCAAGCGACUAUCAUACAGAUGAACGCAGACCGUUUCGACUCGGAGGGCCAUAGGGGUUCUGAGGAAAAUAGGCAACAAUAACGUGAAGCGCUGUCAUCAGUGACAUUAACGAAUGUCAAUUAUAUAAGAAUUAAAAACAAAAGUCGUAGAUAACGUAUAACCGAACAGCACCUUGUGUCCAGUCAGUAGUACGACUACCUGCGUAGAUGAGUGAAAAGUUUUCCGCGUUUUCCCUCGCGAUUCUUCCAUCGUCUUUCGUCAACAACGAAGUCGACUGAACAAACGAAAUCAACCGAUCAUACUGUCUAGCAGAAACUGGACUAGGUAUGACGGACUCAGACGUGGAAUCACAGAAUUCGAUCACGCAGACAUCGUAUGAACAUAUCCCGUAUCCGUCACACAUGGAACUGUCGGUGCGCACUCUUUUAAAGGUGCAAACAUAGGUAUUUUGAUCUUCGGUUAAGUCUGGAUUGCCAUGGCUGAAAGAAUAAGAAUAAAAAUAACAACAACGAGCACAGAGAAAAUACCGACCGUUGAGCACAGUUGCGUGGAGCUUUCAUUGGGACCUCCGCAACCAGUCCACAGCACGCAUCACACAUUGUUCGAGACAUUAGGAAGCAGUCCGUCCUCGUUGAUCAUUGCACAUUAUAAUACAAUCGAAACUCAUGCGUAAUAGAACUACUGCGGGAUAAAGCGUGAUUCGAAGCGAUGCAUGACGUGAAGCGCCAGCGUGACGCAUCAAUAAUUAAUAAAGAGGAAAACAAUUAAGAAAGGAGCAGGAGGUAGAUUUCUAAAAAACAGACUUUCCCUCUAUGAAGCCCCGCUGGAAGAAAGUCAAAGUAAAGCUAGUUGUUCACAACAACAAAAGUGACGAGCAGCGAAAAUGCGACCCAACCACAAAAACUACCCGGAAAUCCAUAUCGGUUGGCGCACCGCGUCCAGCUGUGUUCUUUCUUUAAUCAGCAUCCUCUUCUAACUCCGCUCGUUUCUGACGUAUGACGACAGUAGAUCAACCGUUGCCGUAAGAUCGAUUUUAUUUCAGACGACAGCUGCAAUACGUAACCAAAUACGUCUCUAUAGAGUACAAUAUCUUAAGCCACUUGGUCCCGUACCUGUUCGUAUAGCACACACCGCAUAUGCAACUAAACGAUUUGAAAGUUGUUUUCCCAUUAGCGACAACGAGAAAAAAUGUCACAUCGGUCAAUGUGAUAGUCUAGCGAAUACGCCAAAAGCUGUGGCGAGCGAGAGACAGUCCACCCCGCCGCAAUUAGCUCAGGUUUUUGUUGAAGAUCUGCGCAUCUUUCUAUCGUCGGAGGAGUUAUUACAGUCACGCAAUAGAUGACGAUAAUGAAAAUAGCAUUUAUUCCAUUACGCAGAACAACAGCUUAUAGCAGUGAUGUGUGAAUACAUACCCACAGAAGGCUCCUUUUACCGUAAGAAGACGUAAGCGCCUUGACAAAGUCGCUGGUCAGCGCAAACGUCGACGACAAUUUAAAGAGAACAGAAACAACGACGACACAUGCGGCAAAUGUCCAUAUGAAGAAUUCGGGAGGUGAAAUCGGUUCAGAUAGAUCGUCGAUCGCAACGAGAUGAUAAAUGCUGAUCAGCGAAAUGUGCCGAUAACGUAAUAAAGUUCCGUGAACGAACAAACAAUUUCUAGAUGUUGUCGCAUGUCUCCGCCGCGGACCCAACGAAACAACGUUUCCGAAAACUGCACAACGACGCGACAGGUUUCCCAUAAACUGUUUAAUAGGCGCAGGACGCGAGGCAGGGUCAACUCCGUUGCAUAUGAAAAACCGCUUGUAAAGAAGCGCCAGCUGCAAAAACUGUUGUCAGAAUUGUUGCGUCUGUGAAAUUACAACAUGAAGCUAAUAAUGCGGGGGAAUAACGAUGAAACCCAUAGCCAAUGCCGCAAUCACGCACUUAUUAAACGACAAGAUGAUCCAGUAACGAUUGAAUAUCAAAUAAAAUAAGAUGACAGAUAAUAGCCGGUACAAUGAUGAAAAUACUACAUACGCAGCCACUAUAUCCGACGUAGGAUAGGGACGGCGGUGACCGUAAUGAUAAUGAGAUUAAGAUACUGCAAUCAACUGAGUAGAGAACACAGCGCAGCGCUUAAGUGCUUAUAAUAUUAUUAAUAGUAGUAGGUUAUCCAUUGGUUCGUUGACGAUGACACUUGAGCCUGCUGUGCAAUGUCCUUUGUCCUAUUGCACUUAUACGCGAGGACGUUUUGCUAUAAAUAAUCUAUUAUAACAUCACCUUCAUAAUGACGCACUACCACAUCGUGUUUUAUUAUAUCGUAGAAUACCCUUAUAUUCCCCCCUAUUUAUACUUCUUCACGAUUGAUUGAAUGAGUCCAACCUUCCAUGAGACCAAUCGCUCUACUGCUUCGCGCAUUACUGCUUAGGGCCAGACUGAUUUGUCUGCCACACAGAAGGCUUAGCAGUUGUUGCAAAAGUCACCAGCCGAAUCGCAGCAGCUUCCUUUUUCGGCCAGUGUUAUACCUACCCUGCAAAAGGAAAGCGAAGACGGUGAGUGGCGAUGAUGAGAUACCCAUUACGAUACGAGUCAUCUACACUUUUUGCUACAUGUUUUGCUUGAUUGGAAUUACCUUCUACUGCUAACAUUAGAUCGUGAUCUCUUCCAUAAUACGCUACGUUCACCGUGGGGGGGUGUUUAAAAGCGUCCGGGGCAAGGUCGUGUUAUGUAUAGUAGAAAGAUUUUCGCGUAGCUUAUGCUGUCAAUCGAUCCCUUGUAUCACUCAUUAGCUGUAUGCAUUUGAUUAUGCAUUCUGUUUCACAUAGCGAUCGUAUUUAGUCUUAUGAUGAGUUUUGUUGCCGAGCGAAUGCUUUCUCAUUAGAGAGAAAAACCUCAUGAACAGUGAUAGGAAAGUUUCAAUCAAACAGUAGAAAUUCAAUUACUUAAUAGAAUCCAGAUUCGUUUUGUGGACCAUUAGAUGAUACACUUCGUAUUGUUGGUUGCUACGUCCAGGGGCUAAUCUUUGAGUGGUUAUUCCGCAGAUUGUGCUUCACAGUAGAACAAGUUUAUGGAGCUCGAGCUAUUCGACAGAGCAACUAGCUGCAAACUAAAGUGAAAUUAGUACGGGUAAUGCUUACGGCUUGUGUGACUCAGCAUUUGCUCAAAUCAUUAACUUUGCCGCUCGGACUAUCGUCGUGGCACUGCGCCUAACCUGCGUUUUCUUUUCCCCGAUAUGUGUGCGCGUAUGGGCGCGAAUACAUUUUCUCUUAUCCCCUUUCUCUGCCUCCCAAUGUAUAUAUAUAUAUAUAUAUAUAUACACACUUAGCUUCUCCCUUCUAUGGCACGUGUUGCUGAGAUGAUGAUCUUUUUGUGCAGAUAUAUCGCCACUUCAGAACAUUCCCGCUUUUUGGCAGCAAAAAGAAACAGGCAAGAGUUUAUUGCUCUUUAUUGAAGCCAUGUUUAUAUUUCAGCUUUGACCGAACUAUCGCCGCCAGAAUACUUAAAGCUCUGCUACUGUAGAUUACUAUAACGCUACACUCCAUACUCUCGAAUAUUUUUUGCUGUAUAUAAGUCGUAGUGAUCAUUAUAAAUAAUAGCAGCGGUGUUGGUACACUUCCAACGAAUAUUAGCACCUGUCGCCUCAAACAGACAAUAAUUGUUUUUUUCCCAAUAAACCAUGUAAAUAUUAAAUAAACACUACACUUGCAAAUAAACCGAUGCUAAAAAUACACUAAAAGAACGAAGAUUUAAUACACAGACUGGGCAACUUACGUAGAAAGUAAAAAGGUCGUCAUAAUAAAACUGCGAUACGCGGUUAAAAACAGUUACGUUAAAAACGCGACAGUAACUUAUCUGAAUUUUCUUGAGUUUCUUUUACUUUGAUCCUAAUUUCUAAGAGAAUAAAAUUUCCUAAGAGAAUAAAUUUUCUCUACGCGACGUUAAUAAUACUAUAAACUAUUGGAAAAACAAGUGAAGGGUCAUACCAGAUAUUACCAAAUUCAGCCAAAACUCUAUUUCCUAGGUUAUUGAAAGAUAAUAUAACCUUUUCGAAUUUAUUGACCAAUUGGCCGUUUUAUUUCUGCAUACUUCGAUAGAAGGGAAGCACACAUACACAUAUUCACAUACACCUACGAGGUUAACAUACACAAACAAAAUUAUUGCUCCAAUUGAAUUUUUUUGAAGUGCUGCUACAGCCGGCGAUAAACAGUAACCACAACAAUAACAAUAUUAAUAACGAAAAAUACGAUAAAUGUUUGACAUUUCAGUAGCAUACUGAGCGGUGUAAUUUCAAUAGCAGUAAUAAAUAGUGAUAAUUCUGCUGGUAAUAAAAACAGCAAAAAUAUGAAUAACAAAUAUAAAUUAAUCGCAGUGAGGCGUGAUCAUGGAAAAUGAAGAAUCAUAAUGAUAACAUGAACAUGUAAAUUUCAAAUAACAUCGAGAGGGAGCAGUAAAAUUGUGGUCAGUAUAGUGAAGAUAACUAUGCAUCACUAAACACAAUAAUAGUAUGAAGUGAUGAUAAGAGCGGAAAGGAAUUUGGUUGAUAUAAAUGCAUUAUAUAUCAAUAGACCUGUAAGGGAAGGCAAACGUAAACAAUAAGCCCAUGGCAAUCCUGAAAUGAGCCUGACUGGCGAACUCAAUAUGAUAUGACAAAAUAUAUUAACGGGAUGCAGAACAAAAAGGCGUUGAGAUGGAAUUACGAGUCAAUAAGUGAGCAGGUAUUGGUGAUGGGAUUAACUCGAUAGAUGCGUAUAUAGGUAACUGUUAAUAAUGGGAUACAAGAUUCUGAAAAAGAACUAAAGGAGAUAUAUAUAUAUAUAUAUAUAUAUAUAUAUAUAUAUAUAUAUAUAAUGGUGGAGUGGGGAAGGUGUUUUCGUCGAUAAAAUAAAUUAGAAAAAAAUAUUUAACUCAAUUGUUCAAGUGAGGUUAACUUAAAACAACUGAUGUAUUCGCAACUAGUCAAGCCUAUUAUUACGCGUUCGAUUGUGCCCAUGCUAUUUAAACGAAAAAUCAACAUGUAGUUAUUUUUUAUAAAAAAAAAAAUAAAUUUUCCGCGAGCACUCUGCGCAUGAGUACUGUUUCGACUCCGUACAGCGAACCCUAUGAUGUUUUAUAUAAAGAUGAACCCAUUAUACAGACAUUCUUCCCUACAAUCGCCAUAUAUCUUAAUAGUGCUACUCUAACGUUGCUUGAUACCAGUGAAUAAUAAGACAGCAUUCUAGGCCCCUCCUAGAGGAACCAUUGUACACUUACCGACGACCUGUAUAUAUCAUGGAACAGUCAUCAUGCUAACAAGAUUAUAAUAGAACAAUGCGGAACGUCUAUGUGAUAGAUUCAAGCAAGCGAUCUUUGAAGCGAUAGAGUGAUUAUGAAGAAAAACGAUAAUAGGUAUACACAAAACAACAAGACAAUAAAUAAGUGAAGAGAACGAUUUCUCUCUUAUGAUACUGGUGAAGAAGAUAUCGAAAAAAAGUAAAUAAGCAAAAGUAUAACCGGAACCUAACCCGAACCAGGAAGAUUGGCAGGAAGGCAGGCUGGAGAUUCUAUGGGAAUGGAUUGAUUUUUAGCCUUUGAAGGAAAAACAAAACCAUGAAGCUUUCUAUGUUGACCUGCAGACAAUACGAGGGCUUUUGUUCAGAAAAUAAAGGCAUAAUAGCGAGGAUUCUAAGACAAACGAUCAUAUAUUAUUGGUUGAACCUCUUACAGCUCCCAGGUACACUCUCAGAGGUGUGCGCGUUACGCUUACGCCUCCAGAUAAUACCGAAACAGUUCGCCGUCGUAAUUUUUUCUAAUGGAGCGAGAAUAAUUAGUUUUACUAGGAGCAAUGUUUAUGUGAAUAUCAAAUAAGAUAACCUUUGAAUAGAGGUCAAGGCCAUAGAGGGAAUCAACAUAACGAAAUAUAAUGAUAGAGAAACUAUGUUAUAAAAGGAGAAUCGUAUGAAAAGACAGACCUUGAGAAAGCGAACAGCCGAUGACCCCUUUAUGAUCCAGAAAUACGUUGAAAGUGAUGAUAAACUCAAAGAUCGAAAUGAAUUGCGAGCGAAAUUGCUACGUUGUCGACAGGGAACUUUAGCUGGGUGACAGGCAAAAGUAAGGGAAUCACCGAUGGACGAAUAUAGGACGGGCAUUACCGUUGAUUAAUUAAAUAAUAAAAUGUACUGUCUGUUUCGAACAGUCGAAUGGGAAGUUUUGUCGGAGCUCCUACAACUCUAACUAUAAACUAGUAGACAUUCAACUCUAAAGGGUCCCAGAAAAUACAGCAACGAUGAUAUUCCUGAUGAUAAAGCAAGAGGGUAACUUUGUCGAUAACAUGCGAUAUGACGCUACUGGUGAUAACAAUAACCGCAGUAAUAACGAAAACAACAAUAAUGAUGAUAAUAAAAAAAUGAUAAAUGGCGUUUAAAUGUGUUCACAUCCUAA